AUGGUGGCUGGAACAGGGGCAAGUGGCAGGACCCUGGCCCUUCCUGAGUAUCUGGUUGUGAGUUUUGUCUCUGCAGCGUGCAGGGAUGGGUGCAGACUCCGUCCAAGGUCUUGGCAAGAAGAGAAACUGCCACCACAGAGGGGCUGGCUGAGGGGCUGGGAUGGGGACUCCAGGGCGCGGAGCCGCACACCAGCCCCUUCCACCCAGGCAGAAGGUCCAUUGCGCUCUGCCCCGCAGCCUGCCUGUUCCUAUGCCAGCCAGGGCACUCCCAGGCCCGUUUGCAGCCAGAACACAGCCGGUUCCGUGUGCUUGUCCUCAGGACCCAUUAGGAAUGAAUCCAGGCCUCGGUCCUGGCCUCCUCUCUGAGGCUGGACGCUCAGGCGUCCCCUUCAGCCCCUUUCUCUAGACCUUCCUGCUGAACAAACGAAAACAUCUCACAGCCUUGCAACAGCCAGGAGCUGCUGGUGGAGCUCCAUGCCUGGCCGCAGAGAGAGGAGACGCCCUGGGCGGCCGGCCAGCACCCAGGCUCUCACAGCGGAAGCCCACGUCUUCUUCGGCUCUAUUUUGAAAGCUGUUCUUUCCACAACGCCUUUGACAAGAAUCGAUUUGAGUGAGCCAGCGUGUCAAUACAGGCUAGCACAGGACUGGCCUCAGGGCCACAUUGGGGCGGGUGGCAACCAGGCCCUGGCUGCAGCCCACGCGGGCAAAAGCAUGGCCAGGCAGGAGGAGGUGGGACCUGUGAGGUUGGCUACAGCGACUGUGGGCGCUGGGCUCAGGGCUCCUCAGCCCUGAGAGGGGACCCAGGCCCAGGCAGGUUCCCAGCCUCCAGAUCUUCUCCCUUGAGACCUCGCCUUCUGCACAGUGACAGGAAAGAGCCCCUGAGUCCCACUCUGCAGGAAUGUAUCCCAUUUCCAGAAAGUUCCUUCCGGGUGCAGAGUGACACGUGAGCUCUGGGGACUCGCUCCGACUUGGUACUGAUUUUCUCCACGGAGAACCCGCAGUCACGGACCGUGUCUGCACAGCCCCUCGGAUCCUGUGGAGGAAUUCAGCCAGCCCCUCCCCCUGAGCCGUUCCCUGCUGUUCAACCCGAAAACCAUGGAGGCAAAGU